UUUUUCUUUUUCCCAAUAAACCCUUCUCUCCUCCACCCCUUAUCCUCAGUUCCUCACCCUUCCUCUAAAACCUCUCUCUCUCUCUCUCCCCGGAAAUGGCUUCUGCAACCACGCCAGUCUUCAAGUCCUUGUCAAUGGCAGACUCAUCAUGCUUACUCACUAUGCCGCCACUCUUCGCUACCAGCACGAAAAACCCAUAUCCAAUUCUCUCUAUCCCAUCCAUACCCUUCAAACUCCACCUCUCGUGCUCUCACUCUUCACUCUUUUCCCCACCUCUCUCCCUGAGAAACAAAACCCACUCUUCCUCCAUAGCCACCUUUGCAGCCCAGACCUCAGGCUGGGCUCAACAAGAAGAAGACAUCAACACCAUCACCAUUGACCAGCAAGAACAAGAAGCAGAACCCAUCUGGGGAAACGAAGGGGUCGAUGGGACCGAGGCACGUGUUUCGGAUUGGGAAGCUGAUGGCGAGGAUUCUUUUAAGGAAGGCGUUGAAGCAGAGGGAGAGAGUGGUGAAGAUGGGGUCUUCAAGGAAGGAGAAGAAGAGGAAGAGCAGUUUGUGGAACCGCCAGAAGAGGCUAAGCUUUUUGUUGGGAAUUUGCCUUAUGAUGUUGAUAGUCAGAAAUUGGCUUUGCUUUUCGAGCAGGCCGGGACGGUGGAGAUCGCUGAGGUUAUUUUCAAUAGGGAUACUGAUCAGAGUCGUGGGUUCGGGUUCGUAACGAUGAGUACUGUUGAGGAAGCUGAGAAGGCGGUAGAGACGCUCAACCGCUAUGAUGUAAAUGGGAGGUUGUUGACUGUUAACAAGGCUGCUCCAAGAGGAACUCAACCAGAACGCUCCCCUCGCACAUUUGAACCUGCCUUCAGAAUUUAUGCUGGUAACCUGCCAUGGGAUGUGGAUAAUGAGCGCCUGGAGCAGGUUUUCAGCGAGCAUGGUAAGGUGUUGGAAGCUCGGGUGGUUUAUGACAGAGAAACUGGCCGUUCUCGUGGUUUUGGCUUUGUAAAAAUGUCGAGCGAGACUGAAAUGAAUGAUGCCAUUGCUGCCCUUGAUGGACAGAGUUUGGACGGGAGGGCGCUACGAGUGAAUGUUGCUGAAGAAAGACCAAGGCGUACAUUCUGAGUUGAGAUAAUGUGGAUCUCAAGGCAAACUGGUGUUGGUUUCUUAUUAUUCUAUAGUGAGGUUUUUCCUGUCAGCUAGUUUUAAUUGAGAAUGUAAUGGUCUGAUUUUUUAUUUUUUUUUGGUUGCAGUUGGAAAUGAUAUAAAAUUUACAAUGAAGUCCAAUUUUUUUUUGGCUAA